AUGAUCCUUGCAAGUAAAAUGACUUCAAAUCAACCUGCGCUUAUGGUUUGUAGAAUUGGCCAUGAUGGAGAAUGCUCUCAAAGUGCUGAUUGCACUCCUUACCAAUAUUGCAACAUGGGCAAAUGUACUAACUUCAAAAAGAUUGGAGACUCCUGCUUCCAUAGGAAUGAAUGUGGCAGAUCAGCUACUUGUUUCUAUUAUGAUGCCAAUUCAAUCACAGGAGUAUGCACCUAAUACAUGCAAAUUGAAACUGGAGCUGCCAUUAAUGUGACAUAGAAAAUAGAUAGUUAUGCUGUUGUAAAUGAGGAUUCACACUUGCUCUGUAAGACAUAAUAUGCAAAUUCAAUUGGAAUUUGCAGUGAAGGAACGAAAUCAACGAAUAAAGGAUAAACGUGUGAAGUUGAUGAAGAUUGUCCCUCUAGCGAUGGAGUUACAUAUGCAAAAUGUAAAUGUGGUUGGAACACAGACAAAACUAAAUAUUGUGACCUAUUACCAGGAGAUGAUGAAUGGGUUGAUGUUCGAACAAAGUUUAAUGAAUAUUUUUAAGCAACUAGAGAGAAUUGUAAUACAGAUGCAAGAUGGCAAUAAUGCUCUGAGAAAUCUCUAUUUAACUCUUGGAUGUGUGCCAAAUUAAAAGCUGAAAACUAUGUUUUAAUGAUUGAUGCUAACACUUUAGACUGCAUGGCAAAUCUUUUCCAAUACCUUCCAACUUUCAGCGAGAUUUACUCAUAUUGCUCAAACGCUUUUCUUAUUAAAACUGGUCUUAUGAUAGCUAGUUUAGCUUCUUUAUUAAUGUUUAAUUUUUGA